AGGGAAGCCAUAAUCGGUUCGAGUCAUCAAUUCAGGAGCUGAUCUCACCCGCAACAAGCUGCCUUCAGAACCUUCUCACCAGAUUGAAUAGCCGUUCACAUAUUGCCGGCUGCUUCCCAAGCUAAACUAGUCAAGAUGAUGAUGAAACUAGCUGUUGUUCUCUGUGCUAUUGUGGCAACCAGUAUGGUGUGCGCCAAGGAUUUUGAAGAGCAAUAUGCAUUGAACACUUUGCUGAAUAUGAUGCUCUCGGAGGAGGCUGCAUCUCCUGAUGACGUGGUAGCCUUGCAGGGAUGGAAGAACCGAGCCCUCAACGUUGGAGGUCAUGUAGUUCGUAAGAUAGCCGAACGCGGUUACUCGCUGGCUAGGACAAGUCGUAGAGUCCAUCGUAACAUUCUCAGAGUUCAGAAAUUAUGCAGAGGGAUUGGUUACUCUCCAGAAGAAGCUCGUGCUCAAAUUCUGUCUGCGAUCCCGGAGAUGAAAGAAGAGGAUAUCAGCGAAGAGGAUCUUAAAUCGAUCUGCGCUGGUGCACAUGCCCUUUUUCAUUAGACUCAGAAGGGAUCGUGACACAACAUCCGGGACGCUUGAUGUCGAUUCUUCCUUAAGACACAAUAAAAUAAAAGCAAGAAAUUGUCAACUUCCAUCGUGUAUUUGCAACUUCCUUAUAAUUAGAAUCUUCUUUAUCACUCCUGUAUUGUUAAAAUCCUUAAACCUUGUUAAUCCUCUAAAAUAAAAUGAUGGUGAGUGGUUUUCAUUAUUUAUACAUAUUUUGCCUUUACUUCCAUGCAUCCAUUCAUUAUACUCCUUUCCAAGGUUUAAAACUACACCAAACUUACAAUUUAGCAUAAUACUACAUCUUUUCAUCAAAAGCUUCAAAUUAAAGAUGUUCUCUCCGUUUUGCUCUUUUUUUUUCUCCUAAAGAAAUGUACCAACAACAAGACAUUGUAAGCAUGGUAUAAGUGGAAUAACAAAUAGUAUUGGUAAUAAUGCUGAUAAUAAAAUCACAUGAACUUGCAUACCAUAA